UUUUAAUUGUAAAAUGUUGCGUCUCAUUUGAAAACAAAUUAGUUUCAUGCCUCAGUCAGUUUCGCAAUGUCCCCUGGGUCGCUGGUAUUUUCCAUAGUCCUACUGCUCAGGUAUUUUGACCUGAUCAACUGCGAAAUGAAUUGCAAAUUGGAGAGGAAAAGAGCCGCAGACUUAUCCAUCAAAUGCUGUCAGCUAACACGUCCCAGCUUAGACAAAGGCAAUGCCGAAUGUAGAAAAACCCUCAACUUGCCAGCGCACCGAAAAUUCAACUUUGCCGAACAAUACACGAUUAAUAUGUGCAUUGAGGAGUGCAACUACAUAGGCAGCGGCUACAUCGAAAUCGAUCCGCCCUUUCGCCUGGAUCUGGCCAACAUCCGCAUCAACCUGCAGACGAUGGCACCCCAGCCACAGAAUGAAUCGAUUCCCUUCCUGGUGGAUGCGUAUCGGAAAUGCGAGUUAUUCCGAUCGUCACACGGCAGACGAUUCACUCUCCACCUGCCCGAUGUUGAAUUCAUCGAGGAACCCUGCAACCCCUUUGCCCUACAAAUCACCAUAUGCAUCCGCAUCCAUGCCAUGCAAAAGUGUCCCGGCGAAUUCUACGUGGACAGCGAGGAGUGCCGAUUGGCCAGGGAAUACUUCACCCAGUGCGUCGGGGAUAUCGAAAGCAAUCUUGCCUAGGCAUCAACCUGAAAUCAGCGAAAGUUCACACGUAUCCUGUGAGAACUUCCAUCGGGACCUGCUAAAAUGUGUUGAGAAAUAAAG